AUGAAUUUCGGCGGUCAAACGCCAACGAUCAUCGUUCUCAAAGAAGGCACCGAUCAGUCGCAAGGCAAGGGACAAAUCGUAUCAAACAUCAACGCCUGUAUCGCCGUCCAAUCCACCGUCAAGGGAACCCUUGGACCUUACGGCGGAGACCUACUUCUCGUGGACGAAAAUGGCAAGACAACCAUUACAAACGAUGGAGCGACGGUGAUGAAACUCCUCGACAUUGUCCACCCCGCCGCUCGCAUUCUCACAGACAUCGCACGAUCACAAGAUGCGGAGGUGGGUGAUGGGACAACGUCGGUGGUGGUGUUGGCCGGAGAGAUUCUCAAGGAGGUCAAAGAGCAUGUCGAGCAAGGCGUAAGCAGUCAAAUCAUCAUCAAAGGCCUACGGAGAGCGAGCAUGAUGGCCGUCAAGAAGAUUCAAGAGAUUGCCGUCAACACGAGCGAGGGCAAUCAAAGGGAGACUUUGAGGAAGCUGGCAGCUACGGCGAUGAGCAGCAAGCUCAUCCACCGUAACGCCGAUUUCUUCACCAAGAUGGUUGUCGACGCCGUCCUUUCCCUCGAUCAAGACGACCUCAACGAGAAGCUCAUCGGCAUCAAGAAGAUCACCGGCGGCGCUCUCCAAGACUCCCUCUUCGUAAACGGUGUCGCCUUCAAGAAGACCUUUUCCUACGCCGGCUUCGAACAGCAACCCAAAUCCUUCUCCAACCCCAACAUCGUGUGUCUCAACGUCGAGCUCGAAUUGAAGAGCGAGAAAGACAACGCCGAAGUACGAGUGGAACAAGUGUCAGAGUAUCAAGCCAUUGUCGACGCCGAGUGGAGAAUAAUAUACGACAAGAUGGAGGCCCUGCACAAGACAGGCGCCAAGGUCGUCCUCUCCAAACUCCCCAUCGGCGAUCUCGCAACGCAGUACUUCGCCGACCGCGACAUCUUCUGCGCCGGCCGCGUUGCCUCCGACGACCUCGACCGCGUCUGUCAAGCCACCGGCGCCAGCAUCCAAUCUACCUGCUCCGACAUCAAACCCCAGCACCUCGGCACCUGUGAAAAGUUCGACGAGCGCCAAAUCGGCGGCGAGCGCUUCAAUUUCUUCGAAGGCUGCCCCAAAGCCAAAACCUGCACCCUCGUGCUCCGCGGCGGCGCUGAGCAGUUCAUCGCCGAAGUCGAGCGCUCCCUCCACGACGCCAUCAUGGUCGUGCGCCGCGCCAUCAAAAACACCACCAUCGUCGCCGGCGGCGGCGCCUGCGAAAUGGAAGUCUCCGCCUACCUGCACAACUUUGCCGACAAGAACGUGCCGCACAAGCAACAGUCCAUCAUCAAAUGCUUCGCCAAAGCGCUCGAGGUCAUCCCGCGUCAACUCUGCGACAACGCCGGCUUCGACGCAACGGACAUCCUCAAUCGCCUGCGCGUCGAGCACCGCAAAGGCAACACGUGGGCCGGCGUGGACUUUGACCACGAGGGCAUCCGCGACAAUCUCGAGGCGUUUGUGUGGGAGCCGGCUCUGGUGAAGGUGAAUGCCAUUCAGGCGGCGGUGGAGGCGAGCUGUUUGAUUUUGAGUGUCGACGAGACGAUCCGGAAUCAGGAGAGCCAGCAGCCGCAGGGGCCGCAGAGAGGCUUGCCACCGGGGGCUGCGCAAAGGGCUGUGAGAGGCAUGGGUAGGGGAAGGGGGAUGCCCAUGCGGGGGAGAUGA